GUGUCUGUAUUUCUUACCAUCCUUUACUGGUUUUAGAUUAUCAUUAUUGUUUAAUAGGUUUACUUAAUUAAUGUUGUUCAUUAUGUCUUAUAUAUAUAUGAUUAUGUUUUAUCGGAUUUAUGUAAAGCACUCUUAAACAUUUAUUAUUUAUGAAAAGAGUGCUAUAGAAAUGUGGUAUAUAAUAAUAAUAAUAAUAAUAAUAAUAAUAAUAAUAAUAAUAAUAAUCUCAAAAAGGUGUUAGAGGUAUCAACUUGAAACUUAUUAGGUGGAUAGAUCUCAUUGAGGAGGAGUGCAGCACACAAGACAUUUAACCUACCGUGCAUUAUUUUUCAGUUAUUGCCCUUUGUUAUUUUUCAUACUUAAUUUUGUCCAGAGCAUAACUACAAAGGCCUUUGAGAUAUCAACAUGAACCUUCAUAGGUGGAUAAAUCUCACUCGAGAGUUUGCUAAACCAUGACAAAACCAGAUGAUCAAGCGAAUCAAAAUGACGAGGACACUAAGGAUUUAGUUCUGCGCAAUGAUGAUGGGGAAAUGAAAGGGCCUGAUGAAAAGAUGGAAUCUGUCAAUUAUAAAAACUACAGUUUGUGUAAAAGACUAAAGGUAGAUCAUCCAUUUAGAAGAAGAUUCAUCCAUACAGUGUGGUUAUUUUGGGCAUUUGUUGGCUUGGGUUGGAUGGUUGGACUAAUGGGCCCAUCAUUUCCAGACCUAAGGCUAAUUGUGAAUCAAGAACUUGAUACAGCAUCUUGGCUUUUUACUAUCUUUUCAAUUGGAUAUUUGAUUGGUUCUUUUUUUGGAGGUAUACUGUAUGAUAGAUUUAACAAGUUGCUAUUGAUAGCAUUUUCCACGUUGAUCAUGGCUGUAACAACAGGAGUUUUACCAUGGUGUAAAUGGUUUCCUCUUAUGAUGGUGGUGAGGUUUAUAUCUGGUAUAGGUGCCGGAGGUCUUGAUACAGGAGGAAAUGCUGAUCUUGUGUCACUGUGGGAUGAAGAAGGAAGACCUUAUAUGCAGGCAUUACAUUUUUGCUUUGGUUUUGGUGGGAUUAUAUCACCAUUAGUGACAGAGCCUUUUCUGGCACAAAAAGAAUGUUUGGAUGUUGAUAGAAACAGAACAGGUAUUUUAUCAGAUCAUACACUCCCUGGGAUUAUAAAUGAAAGUGUUGCCAUGACAACCGAUGCAACGAAGAUAUCCACCAGCACAUGUGAGGAAGUAUAUGGGGAAACUUACAUUCAUUAUUCUUACCUUAUUUCAUUUUUCAUUCUGCUCUCAAGUUCAAUGCCAUUUUUUAUCAUGUACCUGAAAAUGGUAUGCAGAAAUAAGACACGUCAUAUGGCAGCUGAUAAAAGUGAAAUUCCUCGUCCUGAUAAACUUCCAUUCAAACUGAAAGUUGUUUUCUUAAUUCUUUUGUUUGGGUUCAUGAUGACUUACUGUGCUGUUGAGGACACAUUUGCUGGGUUUUUAGCCACAUUUUGUAUCAAUUAUUUAGGCUGGUCUAAAGGAACUAGUAGCUUUGCAACAAGUACUUACUGGGCAUCAUUUUCUUUUGGGCGGUUUUCUGGAAUAUUUCUUAUAAAAGUGUUUAAACCUGUACAGCUUUUAUGGGUGUAUUGUUUAGCUUUAAUGUCAGCUUUUGUUGGUUUGUUGAUUGUUGCUUUAACAUUUACUACAGAACUAGUAUGGAUGUUUAUAGCAUUGGCUGGAUUUUCCAUGUCUAUCAUAUUUCCUUGUAUUUUUACAUGGACUGAGGAAAGUAUACUUAAAGUGACUGGAAAGAUUUCUUCCAUGUUUCUUAUAGCUGCAUCUGGUGGGUUAAUGCUAAAUCCAUUAUUACUAGGCUAUCUGAUGGACAACUUUUCUCCCAUAUGGUUUGUUUACCUUCUACUGAUUCAAAGUGUUGUAUGCUUUUCACUGUUUCUAACAGUGUUUAUUCUAGUCAGGAAGUAUAUUAAUUUUACUAGUCUUCCUAAACCAUUAGACAUAGAAAUAGUCAUUUCUGAGCAGGAGAUGGUACCAUUAAGUGAGAAGAAAGAAGAGUGAAAGUGGACUUAAAGUUUAUAACUGUAGAGUAUGUUUACUAUUUUUACAAUUUUUCAAAUAUUUUUAUCUCAACAUGUAUAUAUACUGAUCUUGAUUUUAUCCAUUGACAGUUUGUUGAAAACAAGGGAUUAGUUGGGACUGUCCUGAAACAUUGCACUAUUCAUACAUAUAUCACUAGUAUUCAACAUGUGAUGAAAUAUCGAUUAAAAAUUUUGAAUAUUGAUUCAAUAUAAAACCCAUUCUCCAUGUCUUGUGAUAAUAUCUCUGAUUUGGCUGAAGGGAGAUGUUACUUUUAUCCUUGGAUAGUUUGAACUCCUAUAUUAAUUUUAAGAGGUCAGUGAAAUAAUAACAUGGAAACUUAUUCUCUUUUAGUACCUGUAUGUUACAUAUUUGUGAUGUGCAUAAAUCAUGAUGACAAGUUAUAACAAUUUUUGAAUAGUUUCUAAGGGGCUAGCUAUUUUAUUCAAUAUUAUUAUUGAUAUUUGGUUUUUUAUAGUUAUAUACUUGUACUAGUUACAAAAUUCUACAUUAAUGACACCCAUGCUUUAUAAUUGUUGUUCCGAUAUAGAUGGUCUCUUUAUGUGAUGGUUUCUAGUAGUGAAGAUAAAACAUUUUAAAUUUUUUGUUUUAUAUUACAUGACAAAGUCAAUGACAUUGGUAUUUUGUAUAUAUUAUAUGAAGUACAUGUACAUACAGUAAAUUGAAAUUAAUUAGAAUGAGAUAUUGGGAGGUAUCAGUUAUAUUUUCUUGAGGAUUAUGUCCUCUUUUAAAGUCAAAUAUGUUGUAUUUGUUUAUGUGCCAUGUCAUAUUUUACUUUGUUUAUUAUUGUUUUUUGGUGUUGAUUUUUUUAAAGAUUGUUCAUAUAUUAUUUACUUUGACAGUAAAGAAAACAUGACAUUUUGAAGUGUUUAUCAUCAUAUCAUAAUUAAUUUAUAUAUUUUAUGUUAACUUCUAGUUCAUAUGAUCACACAGUAUGAUCAAAGGCUCUCCCCUGUCCCUGAUUGUUCAAAAGAUCUUUAAAUGGGAUUUCUUCAUAAACCUUACCUCAUACAUUUCAUUAUUCAAGCUGUUUGAAAAAAAACAACAAUAGUUUUGUCCUGUUGCAUAAUCUUCCUCACAGGAGCUAAUUGUAGAUUUCAGAAGAAAAAUUUCACUAAUCUUCCUUCACAUUGUAAUGGGUGUGUCCUGAUGUUAGGCACAUUGCUUAGUGUAGCGGAAUUAAAGCAGCAUGCGGCACUUAGAAUCUAAAAAAAUUACUGUGUUCGUAAUGCAGUUGACUUAUGGUGAUACAUACAGCAAAAUCAAUCAUUGCAUAUCACAUGUAUAUUGUUGUCACUUUUAAAUUUCCUUUGACUUAAAAGUCCAUGUAUUUUUCAAUAUUUUUCUUUGUUUUUAGCUCACCUGUCACAAAGUGACAAGGUGAGCUUUUGUGGUGGCUUUUCGUCGGUCCUUAAACUUUAAGUUUAAACGACAUCUCCUCAUAAACUGCUGAGCCAAUUUCAUCCAAACUUCACAGGAAUGUUCCUUUGGUAGUCAACUUUAAAGAUUGUUCAAAGAAUUUAAUUCCAUGCAGAACUCUGGUUGCCAUGUUAACUGAAAGAAGAAAAAACUUAAAAAAUCUUCUUUUACAAAACCGAAAGAGCUAGAGCUUAAACCUUUGACAUGAAACAUCGUCUAGUCAGUGUCUACCAAGUGUGUUCAAAUAAAAGCCCUGCGGUCAAAAUUGGCCUGGCCCGGGGUGGGGGGGUCAUUGAUUUUUCUUAUUUGUAUAUAGUAAAAACAUCUUCUUUUUAAAAAUCUUCUUUAGAAAAACCCCAAAAAGCUAGAGCUUAGAUAUAAAUCAUGAUACAUCUUCUAGUGGGUGUCUACCAAGUUUGUUCAAAUAAAAGCCCUGGGGUCAAAAUUGGCCACGUGCCAGGGGGUCAUUGUUUUUCCCUUCAUGUAUAUAGUAAAAACUUAAAAAGUCUUCUUUUGAAAAACCCAAAGAGCUAGAGCUAAGAUAUUUAGCAUGACACAUCUUCUAAUGGGUGUCUACCAAGUUUAUCCAAAUAAGGGCCCUGGGGUCAAAAUUGGCCCCGUCUGGGGGAGUCAUACUUUUUCCCUAUAUGUGUUUAGUAUAAACUUAAAAAAUCUUCUUUUAAAAACACCAAAGAGCUAGAGCUUAGAUAUUUAUCAUGAAACAUCUUCUAAUGGGUGUCUACCAAGUUUGUUCAAAUUAAAGCCCUUGGGUUAAAAUUGGCCUGCCCCUGGGGCCUAUAUACAGGUGAGCGAUUCAGGGCCAUCAUGGCUCUCUUGUUUUUUUCUUUUGGAGUUUGGAAAAUUUGACAAAAUAUUAAAUUCCAAACAAUGAAGAUGUAGUUACUUUAUAUUUAUGUAAUAGUAGCUAGCUACAUGUAGUUUGUCUAUGAUUUUUGUUAAUUGGUGAAUAAUUUAAUAAAAAUAUUGAUGAUUGUU